CUACGACUCCAAGAGCUGCAUCUAGUCGGUACAGGGCUUCUACGAAUAGAGCCUGGCGCUUUCCGCAACCUUGCAUUUUUCUGGCUCCUCAACGUGUCGGAGAACCGCCUGGCAACCCUGGAGGUGUCGGCCUUCCACUCGGUCGCUGCUUUAGAGGUCCUUCGGUUUGACGGGAACCCGUUGGCAUGCGAUUGCCGGCUUCUCUGGGUGAUGCGCAGACGCCCGUGGCUUCGCUUCGAAGGGCGCUCGCCAGCUUGCGUCACACCUGUGCAGGUGCAAGGCAGGACUUUCGGUGACUUUACGGAGGCUGAGAUUCCCAGGGUGUUCACCUGCCGGCAGGCUCGCAUCCUUACUCGUAAACCGCAAGACGUUCGGACGGAAGAAGGCCAUACGGUUUUGUUCUUCUGCGCGGCCGACGGAGACCCGGCGCCGUCGAUCAUUUGGCUGAAUCCCAAACGCUCGGUGCUCACCGGCUCAGGUCGGAUUCGCACGCUCGCCAACGGGACACUUGAGGUGCGUUACGCACAGGUACAGGAUAGUGGGUACUAUCUGUGCAUCGCUUCGAAUGCCGCGGGGAAUGACAGCAUCUCGGUGAGCCUGCGGGUGCGAGGGUUUCCGGCGUCCACUCGCAACCGCUCCGGAUCGUUCUUUCUGGAAGGCUGGAGCUUCGCGUCCGGGCAAGCGGCGGUCAACGGAUCGCAGCCGUUUCCGUUCGACGUGAAGACGCUGGUGAUCGCGGUUACCAUGGGGUUCCUGUCGUUCCUGAGCUCGGUGGCCGUCUGUUUCAUCUUCAUGUUUUUCUGGAGUCAGAGCAAAGGGCAGAUCAAACACACGGCGACUAUCAACUUCGUGCCGCGCAGCGCUGCGACGGCGUCUGGAGGCGGACGCACGACUAUGGAGACGGGCAGGUUCACCAUGAAGCUGAUCUGAAAACUACAAGCAUGAGAUGUUUGAGGUGCUACUAGAUAUCCAGAGUUUUCCCAUAAGCAUGAGGGUAAGAUGUAUGAAACUUGUUGCCUGAAUGUUGGUCACUGCACAAUAUUGCUUUUUGUCUUGUUUCCCAGUACAAACAUUCUUAAAUUUAGAUACUUUUAGUGGAGAUGCAUAAUGACAGAAGAAGUGAGUGCUUAAAACAUGAACAAAUAUCUGCCAUUGGGACAUUAAGAAUUGGCUAAUUCAAAGGGUAAACAGGAUGAUUUUUUAGAUCUCAUUGGCAGAUAUUUGUUCCUAAUUUUAAAGGUGCGGUAUGUAAUAGUAACAGCUAGUGGUUGAAAUGAGUACUGCAGUCCAAAUUCAUACUGUUGGAGAGUUUUCUUCCGCUCCCUCCUCCUCAGACUCGACGCUCACAUGGUCAAGUCAAGUUUAGGUUGUACAGCGCUUUUUACGAUACAAAUCGUUGCAAAGCAACUUUACAGAAAAUUAAGUUUCUACAAUA